AGAACGUAGUCUCUUUGCCCUAAAGCACCUGACUUCUACCUAGUACUUUUCCAGAAGCGAAAAAAAGCGAAAAAGAUGGACCGCUUCACGCUGACGGUGCUGCUUUGCGUUUUUAACGGCGUGGCGUCCGUGACCAUGAUGAUGGGCAACAAAAAACUCGCGCUAGUUUUUCCCUUUCCCUUCACCACCAUCCUUCUCCAAAACGCGGUGUGUUUCCUCAUUUGCGCCCUGCUGAUCAGGAUACAGGACGGCCAGUCUUUGUACAAGAAGCUAAGGUCCAUGCGGUGGGCGCACUUCCGGAGUUGCCUCGCCGUCGGGGUCGCAACCAGUCUCGUCUUGUCGACCUCCAUCGUCGCUCUGCGCUUCGCGUCGGUGCCUCUGGUCGUGGCUUUUAGGAAUUUGACCCCCAUCGUCGUCGCGCUGCUUGAUUCGCUCGUCUUGGGGGCGACCUUUCACAACAGCGCGAAACUGGGGCUGGUGUGCGGGUUGGGGGGGUCCCUUCUGUACACGGUGUUCGAUCCGCCGACAGCGGCGCAUGCCGUACAGAACACAACUACCGGGGAUUAUGAGAAUAAGGCGCUUGUUACAUCAAGCAACAACACGACCAAAACUACUACAGCAGAACAAGCAGCAAACACCUCCACCUCAACCCUCACGGCAACGAAUUCGGUCCUUUUUCAAGCAAACUUCGGUCUGUUCUUCGUCAUCGCGAACCUGCUGCUCAGCGCCUUGGUGAACAUCCUGGAGUCCACGACCAUGCGGAAGUUAGCCGCGGAACAAAGUGCGUCCACGGUGAACUGCAUCCGCAUAACGGUGAUGCAGCCGAUGCUGCUGGCGCUCUCCACGGUAUUUGAAGACCAGCAGCAUGCUCUCCAUUUGCUGCGCGCAGACGGAAUUGCGGUCCUUGAUCGGGUACAAGGGACGAUGAACAGUGGUAGCACAACUAUGGGACCAGCAGGAGAAAUAACGUCGACUGCGCCGAUGCUUUUCAUCCUCCCGCUGUUUCUCUUGACCGGCGCUUUCGCAGCCUUGUUCGGCGUUUCCGCGCUCGCUCUCAGCGGCUUGCGCGUCAGCCCCACAACGCUGGCGUUUUUAAAUGUGGUGUACAAACUAGCAACUACGGUGGUCGGGCAUUUUUUGUUUCCCGCAAAUGUCCCGAUGCUGAGCUGGUGCGGCUAUGCGCUCACGUUCUGCGGAUUCCUGUUUUACGCAUUAGGUCGGCCAAAGAAAGAUGGCGAAAAGAAAAUAGAAAAGAUCUUGGACAAAAAAAGAAAUUGA